AUGGACUAUUCCUGGAAGCCCACUAGACCAAUCGUGUUCUUCUUCGAUCAACCUCGCAAGCAAUCGAAACAUUUCUGCAAUUUCAUUUGCUCCACGACGAGUAACCAGCGAGUAGGAUUCUGUGUUUCGCUUCGUCUGAAUGUUGGGAUUGAACCGAAGGUUGAAGGAUUUGAAUUGAUGGCUUUGACGAAUUUCAUCUUGACGGUGGCUGGAGUUAGUGCCGUGGUUGUUCUUUUGAGGAGCGAUGUGAAACAAUCGGCUUCAAUCUUCCGGCGCAACGUCAAGCACAUCCGCCAGUGGCUCGAAGAAGAAUCUGCCUCUGCCUCCAAGACUGUGGAGAAAGCAACUAAGGAGCUGGAAUCCAAGACUCCUCAUAAAGAUAUUCCCAAAGAUGACAAGCAUUAAUGUGAAUAUUGGUUAAAUAGCAACGUGAACCUCUUAUCGUCUCAAUCCUCUCUCUCUCUCCCCCCAAUUUUGUGGUCCACUUUAGCAACAAAUAAUGUUUCUUAUCUAAGGGUUCCUUUUCAUCCCAGUUUAAUAUCUGUUCUGUUCGCUUUAGUCAAGACAAUAAAAUUACAUGAAUUUUCUUUUACAGAAACCCUAGUCUGUUAAACAAGAUAUCUUUGAAUUCUUCCACUAUCAAUGGAGGUAUUGUUUUAUAUGAUUGAAUCAA